UCCUCCAUGCCCAGGGAGCCGACACUCUUGUCAUGGCUCAUUUUGAGGAGGUCCUGGACGAAGUCCGCUCGGCUCUGACCUGGGCUUCACCUGCUGAGAUCCGAGCUCUGCUGGAGGGUCUGGUGGAGGAGCAGAUAAUCUCAGAUGCGUACAGCAAGAGCUUGGGUCUGCAUCGAUUCAUUGACGGGCUUGCGCAGGAGCUGCUUUGCGGGGAAUCAGGGUUUAUACCGGGAUCUGAUGAGACCGAUGGGGAAUUUGCUUCUCGAGCAUCUAGCACCCACCAGCAUCUCAGCCAUGGACCGCUCAUUAAGGUAGGGAAAGGUGGGUCACAGUCUCCCUCCGUUGACUACCACCUGGCAGGAUCAGAGUUUGUCCCAUCAGUGGAUGAUCAUUACAGCACAAGACUGGAGCCAGAGACUUGCUCACUAUAUGAGGAUCAAGUUAUUUCCAGAGAUAAACUCAUUCAGGAAUUGAGGGAGGGGACAGCAAUGGACGAACACUACCCCACACAAAGGCUCUACUCUGUCCCCACAGUGUUUGAUGGCAGACUUUCAUUAAAUGAUGAAAUAACUGAACUGCUGACAAGUGCACCUUCAAUGCAGAAGCUGGUAAGUGAUAGUGAAAGGGUAAAUCAGGGGAAUUUGGAGAUUGAGGGGGAGUGGUUAGAGCAGAUUGAAGAGGCUGCUAGGCGGAUAGCUGUACCUCUGUGGCAGCACUGGGACAAAGGAAGGAGGAUGUUACAGCCUUUAGUUUAUUAUAACACAACUGGAUGUACAACUAGUGAUAACACAGUGACAUACAGCGAAGCACAAUGUGCUAUUUUAGAUCUGGAAGAGGAAAUGGAGCUUGCAGCCGCUUGCAGGACACUCGAUGCGUGCACUGGCAACUUUAACGAAAGCUUCACGCUGGAUGCUGAGGACACACCUGAGGAGUUCUAUUACCCUUUAUAUGAUGAGUUGGCGACACCUGGAAUCUGCAUUGAUCGCUUUAAAACUUUCGAAGAAGGAGGAAAUGCAUCACCUGUGGAAGCCUGUGAAGCCACAGACUCAAACAACAACGUCACAGACAAUAUGGGGGGCCUCCUGGAUGCGUGGUGGCCAGGUGAAACUGCAGACGACCUGUGUUGUCUGCCUGAGGACACACAGUGUGGCGCAGGUUCGGCACUUGCACAAUUUACCUUUCAACAUUUGAGUCCCUCGUUUGCACCACAAGAUGCUUCAGUUACAGCGGAAGAUGACAUGAUGGCAGGGGUCACCGGAAAUGUUUAUGGAACAGCAAUCUGGGACAUAGAUGGAAUAACAGGCAUAAAGGACACUAUGGAGUCACACUGUGAUGUCAAGAUGCUGGAAGUGGAUCCCAAUCCCAUCGCAGUCCCUUUGGACUUGGCGGAUCUGUUGAUAGAUAAUUUGGAUGAUGAUAUAAAUGAAAAAUUGCUGGAUGUUGAUUCCCUCUUUGACUACUUAGAACUCAACGACAGCCUUACUCAUCCAUGGACCUUUGAUGACCUCCCCACAGCAGCUGAGGUACCCAUCGCCAACAGCAUUGAGCAGAUACAGGAACCCAAAGCAAAAGGCCAAUCACGAAGGAGAAAAAGACCAAGAGAUUCUCAGCCACAGCCAUGCUCGGAUGAAAGGCCCAAAGCAAAACAGCCAAAACCAUCAGGUCAACCAAAAACCAAAGAGUCACAGGCUGAGCCAGCUGUUGAGCCAGGCAGUCAUCCCGCAUCAGGGCCAAGUCCAGCAAAGACUUUACCGAUGUCCACCGCCACUCCACCAAGAAUUUUUCGCGUUUACCCUUCCCAAACAAGCUCUGCGAUUCCCAUUCAGUUUAUCACUAUCUCAGAUUCCGCAGGAAAUCCAGUCCAGCUUUCUCCUCCUCCUCCGCUCAUUAGGUUUCCACUCCCCCGCAGCGCCACUACACCUACAUAUAUAUUAGUUCCUACUGUGUCACCACCCUCUAAAUGCCAAUUACCACCACUCUCCCCAGUCGAUGGCACAGUCGCUCCGGUCCAAAUGAGUUCGUCCCCACUGGGUUCUCUGUCAGAAACAGCUAGCAAAGCCAUGUCUCCCCCUUGUACCUCACCUGUAUCCCCAGGCAAUGAAAUGUCUCCAUGUAAGGAAUCACCUCUUCCUCAGUCUCCCAAGGUCCUUGAUAUUCCACAGAAUGUCAAGGACUACAUUCAAGAAGCCAAAGCUCACAUGAGUCAAACCUACCAGGAUAUGGAGGCGGGCCUCAGCCUGUCUUCUCAUUAUGUAGAUGUUCAAGUGAGCCAAAGAGAGGUAGUUCGCUCUGGGAAAAAUACAAACAAAUGCCUGGACAAGGAGCUAGUCAUCAAGGGAGACACAGAUCGGCAAAAAACCAUGCUGGCACUCAGUCAGAUCUUUGAUGGUUCAAAUGGAGAAAAAUCCAGACGUUACAUUUUGCUGCUUGGCAAUGCCGGCAUGGGAAAAACCACUCUGAUCAAGAAGCUGUGUAUUGAUUGGUCCAGAAACUGCAUCCCUCAGUUUGACUUUGUAUUCCUAUUGGAUGGCAAAAAGCUCAGUGUGACAGAGCCGGUCUACAGUCUUCAGACACUCCUGCUCAACCUCUCCUCCUCCGCCCCAUCCUGUGUGGACCCAGAAGCAGUGUAUGCUCAAAUCCUGGCAGCCCCUAAACGUGUGCUCAUCAUUUUUGAUGGUUUUGAUGAAUUGCGCAACUAUGAAACUCUACUUCAAGCUCAGGAAAAAGACCUAACAGCUUCACUGCAAAAAGACAGCAAGGCAAAGACUUUCACAGUAAGGCAGUUGUAUUCUGCCAUUCUUCAAAGGGUCCUGCUUCCAGGCUGCACUCUUCUACUCUCCACCCGGCCACGGGGAACUGCCAGCCAGCUGCUCAGGCGUACAGACAGCCUUCUGGAGAUGUGUGGGUUUACCCCAGCAAAUGUGGAAACAUAUUUGUCCCAGUACUUCUCUGAUCCUGGCCUCAGAGAAUCAGCUUUGGAGAGUCUAAAAAGCAUGAGCUACCUAAAUCUCCUUUGCUGGAACCCCGGACUAUGCCGGCUGGUGUGCUUGAUUUUAGAGCAGUCUAGAAGUGUGGAUGUCCUGCCAAGAACUUUAACUGGGCUCUGUCAUCAGGUGCUGUGUUUAAAAAUGGAUAAAGACGGCAGGAGUACUCCCACACACACCGAAGCUCAAGCACAAUCCAUAAGAGACACUGAGACACAAAUUUCAAAUACCUCUCAGGCGAAGAAAUGUUCGAAAAAUAAUCAGGGGAAGUCCAGAACGCAGGCACGCACUUCCUCUCGCACCCAAAGGGCAAAAAAGGCACAAGAACAGGAGGCGCAAGCAGACAAAGUGGAUCAGGAUCUCAGGAGCAGUGGCGGAGAAGCUGUAACGGAGGACUUUGACUUGUUGUCCCAGCUGAGCUCUUUAGCCUGGGAAGGGGUCAAAGCCAACUCUUCCAUCCUUCCCACAGGACGGGACAUAUCUGGCAAAGUCAAGGCAUUUGGUCUGAGAACAGGCCUCUUUCUCUCUCAUCAGCUGAGAGCGAGUCCAUGCCUCUCAAAUAGUACCAAGGAGGAAGGAGAAAAUGAGACAGAAGCUGGAGAGACAGAACAGAGGACUGAAAACAGUGAAAGGACCACCAAUGAUUUAACUGAUCACCAAAAUGACCAGAUCCUCUUAUGGGCCAACCCUUUCCUUCAGAGUUACAUUGCAGGAGUACAUCUGGCUUUGUCAAGGACUUUAACAGACCGGUCCUUUCUCCAGACCCUCCCUUUCCAGUCUGGAGGGAAAGGUCGUCGGCGACCUCAAAGGGAGGAACUUGAGCUCACUCAGCGAUUUGCAGUUGGCCUCUUGUUCCACAAUAGGACAGAACUGCAGCGAUUCCACACGCAUACAGAGACAGCCUUUAGAGAUAUGGUGGCUAACAAGCAGGGGUUGGUAACAAAACACCUGGAAGGGCUUUCUUACGCUGACCUUACUCCCUCCCAAAUCUUGGAGGCAUGCCACUACGUCUACGAGGCGAGUUUUACUCACAGUGAUGGUGGCCGAGAAGCUGGCAGGACUCAGCUGGUGACACACCUAGCAGCAAAUCUUCCAGAGUUCCUGACGUUUCAUGGAGUUCAACUAAGCCCGCCAGAUGUGUUCACUGUUCAGAAAGCACUUGAACAGGGGGGAACUGAAGGCAGACGUUUCUGUUUGGACCUGGAGGACUCUGGCAUCCAGAUCUGUGGACUUCGAGCUCUGGUUAGCCUCAACAACAUCAACACAUACAGGUCAUGCAUUGCUGACGCCAUCACCCUCUGGGAGCUGCUGGAGCAGAGUGACGAAGAAAGUCUCCUCCAGAGGGCAGUGUCCAAGUUCACAAUCCAUCCUUUGAAAGCUAAACAGGUGUGUCAUAUAGAGCACCUGGAAAAGCUGGUGAACAUACACAUUCACAAGAGGCUAUCAGACAGCUCCAGCGAGUCUCACUCCAUCCUGUCUGAGGGAGUGCCAGCAGUUAAAGAGCUACACAAGCUGGAGUUUGAACUUGGUCCAGAUAAUGGUCCUCUGGUUCUUCCGAAGCUGUGGGAUCUCCUGCCAGGGCUGCAUAACCUACAGCACUUGGACUUAGAGAACAGCAAGAUCGGGGACAAAGGAGCAGAGAAGCUGGCCAGUGCUUUAGUCUCACUCCCUUCUUUGGAGAUACUUAAUCUAUCACAGAACUGCAUAGGAGACGAGGGUGUGAAGAAGUUAGCAGCCACACUGAAGGACCUGCCUAAUCUGCACUGUUUAAGUGUCUACAGCAACAUGAUUUCUGAUGAAGGGGCAGAGAGUUUAGCAGCUGUUCUCCCACACAUGGCUUCCCUCACUGACCUUGACGUAAAGUUUAACAAACUAACAGAUGUCGGCGCACAGAGCUUAGGAGCCAGCCUAAGAAACUGUACAAAAGUUAAGACUUUAAGGAUGUGGAACCAGUGCAUCCCCUUCGGUGUGCUUGAGAGACUCAUUCAGCAGGACAGCCGCAUCCUAUUGCACUAAAAUGCAAUACCUCUCUACAAGCAUAUGAACUGUUUUCAUCAUGCAUCUCAUGAUGUAUACUUAAAUUGCACAAUACAUUUUCAAACGUGUGUGCUUGCAAGGAAAGGACACAAACAAAUUAUUAUGUGAAACUUGAGAUUGCACUACAACUGACGUACUUGCUGCUUGUUCUCUGCUGCUGGUUCUUCAUAACAUUCCACUAUCUGCAUUACAAAGUGUGUGUGUGUGUGUGUGUGUGUGUGUGUGUGUGUGUGUGUACUGUUUUUCAGUACUUUCAACUUAAAAAAGCACAAUUGCACUUUUAUAGUCACCCUUUGUUAUUAAAGGUGGCUGUUUUUUUUUUCUUUUUCUUUAUAGUUGUCUGUCCAAGUUUUUGCCAUUAUCUGCCUUUAUUCGUGCAUUUGUGGUGCUGUGUGUGUGUGUGUGUGUGUGUGUGUGUGUGUGUGUGUGUGUGUGUGUGUGUGAGAGAGAGAGAGAGGGGGAGGAUAACGGUGUUUUUCUGGCUAUAAAUUAUACAGUACUGAUUGUUGGUUACUUUUAUAAUAAUAAAAUGCUUUGAC